GAUUUUUUGCCUCUGAAAUUAGCUUAGUGUAUUAAUUCAGAAAGCAGGCGGUUGUCCCUGAUUGUUUGCCUUGGUAAUCGGAACCAUCUGCCUCCCCACAUGCAGGAGUUUAUCUCUCUAAUCCGGCUUACAGCCGGCAAACCCCUCUUCUCUAUCAUCGUGCCCUUGAGCAGACGAGGCUGUGCAAAGUCCUUUGCUCUUAAGCACGUCGCUGUCGUUGAGGCUGUUUGGAGAUUUCAUCUUUUUUCCCUCUCUCUUCUUCACGUUUUGUCUGAGUUUGGGUUUUAUUUCUCCUGGGGGCAGAAACCAUGGCUUUCUUUAUGAAAACUAUGAUAAGUAACCAGGUGAAGAAUUUUGGAUUCGGCGGCAGGUCUGAAGAAAAGAAGGAGGAAGGGGGAACAUCGGAUCCAGCAGCAGCCCAAGGGAUGACCAGAGAGGAGUAUGAGGAGUACCAGAAGCAAGUGAUUGAGGAGAAGAUGGAAAGAGAUGCUGCAUUUACACAAAAGAAGGCAGAGAGGGCGUGCCUCCGAGUUCACCUCCGGGAAAAGUACAGACUCCCGAAGAGUGAAAUGGACGAGAACCAAAUCCAGAUGGCUGGAGACGACGUGGACUUGCCCGAAGAUCUCCGGAAAAUGGUAGAUGAGGAUCAAGAAGAGGAAGAAGACAAGGACUCUAUUCUUGGGCAUUUGCAGAAUCUGCAGAACGUGGACUUGGACACCAUAAAAGAAAAAGCCCAGGCCACCUUCACGGAAAUGAAGCAGACGGCAGAGCAGAAGUGUUCUGUGAUGUGAGGGGCAGCGCGGCUGGAGGAGGGACCGCGGUUAAGGCGGAGGUGACCACUCUCCUCAGGAGGGUUUCCAGCAGCGUGUACUUCAACAUAGGGAACACAGAAAAGCCAUGAUGAGAAAGCUCCACAAACUCGUAGACACCAACUGGUUGUUCUAAAUGUUCCUGGUAGAGCGCUUAGCUAGAACCUUGCCGUAGGAGACACACUUUCCUUCAAGUUACAAGUGUGGCUCAGUGUGAAAUUUCGUCUGUGAGUGACACAGAACACGUAUCUGCUUAAAGAUCUCAGGGCAACCAGGAAGAAAUGAAAGCAAAUGACAAUCCCUCUCUGACUUCCUUUUUUAGAGGGCAAGGUCUCACCCCCUCCAACCAUUAGCAUGACUCCAGGUCCCUUGGGAAAAGAUGUGGG